GGUUUGUUCUAAUGGGUUCCUUCAAAAGUGAUCAAAAUGUGAGCUUUGCUGCUCCGAGGGCGUUUGGGAAGAGGCUGAAAUCGGAUCUCAAAGAGACGUUUUUCCCUGAUGAUCCGUUCAGGCAGUUUGGAGAUGGCGGAGGGGCUGUGCAGCGAGUGAAAAAGGUCCUCAAGUAUUUCGUUCCCAUAUUGGAAUGGCUUCCUAAAUACAACUUGAGUAUGUUUAAGUAUGAUUUGCUUGCUGGUAUUACCAUUACCAGCCUCGCUAUUCCCCAAGGCAUCAGUUACGCCAAGCUCGCCACUCUCCCUCCCAUCAUUGGCCUUUAUUCCAGCUUCGUUCCUCCACUUGUAUAUGCAGUGUUUGGAAGCUCCAAGCAUCUGGCGGUGGGGACAGUGGCCGCAUGUUCCUUGCUCAUUUCGCAAAUCAUCGGACGAGUGGCGUCCCCGGAAGAAGAACCCACAUUGUAUCUCCACUUGGUUUUCACCGCCACCCUUGUUACCGGCGUCUUUCAGGCCACCUUAGGCUUUCUACGACUGGGAAUUUUGGUAGAUUUCUUAUCGCACUCGACAAUACUCGGGUUUAUGGGAGGGACGGCUGUGAUCAUUUCCCUGCAACAGCUGAAAGGCAUGCUUGGACUCACUCAUUUCACCUCUAAAACUGACGUUUUUUCGGUACUUCACGCAGUGUUCACCCGUACAAAUGAGUGGAAAUGGCAAAGUGCUGUCGUCGGCAUCGUCUUCCUUCUAUUCCUUCAGUUUACAAGGUUCCUGAGAAACAGAAACCCCAAGCUAUUCUGGGUGUCAGCGAUGGCUCCCAUGGUAACAGUGGUAGUCGGGUGUUUGUUUGCUUAUUUCAUCAAUGGAAGUCAGCAUGGAAUCUUAACUGUGGGUCACUUGAGCAAAGGAAUAAACCCUGUUUCCAUUCACUUCCUCAACUUCGACUCCAAAUAUAUAUCAGUUGUCGUACAAACUGGCUUGAUCACUGCCCUUGUGGCUUUGGCUGAAGGAAUAGCAAUUGGUCGGAGCUUUGCAAUCAUGAAAAAUGAACAAAUCGAUGGGAACAAGGAGAUGGUAGCCUUUGGUUUAAUGAACAUCCUCGGAUCUUUCACUUCCUGCUACCUAACCACUGGGCCAUUCUCAAAGACUGCAGUGAACUUCAAUGCUGGGUGUAGGACAGCCAUGUCAAACAUAGUCAUGGCGAUCUUCAUGGCUUUCACCCUCCUCUUUCUAGCUCCUCUCUUUAGCUACACACCUCUUGUAACCCUUUCCGCCAUUAUCAUGUCCGCCAUGUUUGGUCUCAUCAAGUAUGAAGAAAUGUAUCAUCUUCUCAAGGUCGACAAGUUUGAUUUCUGCAUAUGUAUGGCGGCUUUCUUGGGCGUUGCCCUCUUAAGCAUGGACGUUGGCAUCAUGCUUUCGGUGGGACUUGCUUUGCUGAGAGCUCUGCUUUACAUGGCUAGACCAGCCACUUGCAAACUCGGGAAAAUAACAAACUCCAGUUUGUAUAGAGACGUGGAACAGUACCCAAAUGCAACAAGAACCCCUGGAAUUAUUGUUCUUCAACUUGGUUCCCCUGUUUAUUACGCCAACGCCAACUACAUCAGAGAAAGGAUUUUCAGAUGGGUUCGUGAUGAGCAGACCAUAUCUGAUACCAACGAUGGAUCCGUCGAACAUGUACUGCUGGAGUUGAGCGGAGUUACCUCCAUCGACAUGACAGGGAUCGAAACUCUAGUUGAAAUCCGCAGAUCAUUACAAGCAAACGGAAUCCAGAUGGGAAUUAUAAACCCAAGAAUAGUAGUGAUGGAGAAGAUGAUAGCUUCGGAUUUCACAGAAACAAUCGGGAAAGAGAACAUUUAUUUGUCGGUAGACGAUGGAGUGGAAAGGUGCAGAGAUUUGGUUCCCAAAUUAAAGCAAACGGAUGGAAGUGGUGAAAGUUCCAUUAGCUUAUGCACAGGAAUUUGAAUCUGCAAUAAUUAUAUAAUGUAUUUUCUCAGUUGGGCUUGUGUUUUGGGCCAAGCAUUGAAAUAGCAUAAUUGGGCCAAGCAUUGAAAUAGCAUGUUUUGGGCCGACCAUUGAAAUA